AUGGGUCGUGUUAGAACCAAGACAGUCAAGAGAGCCUCCAAGAUCGUUAUCGAGAAGUACUACCCACGUCUCACCCUCGAUUUCGACACCAACAAGCGUACUUGUGAUGAAGUUGCUCUCAUCCCAUCCAAGAGAUUGAGAAACAAGAUUGCUGGUUUCGUCACUCACUUGAUGAAGCGUAUUGCUAAGGGCCCAGUCCGUGGUAUCUCUUACAAGUUGCAAGAAGAAGAGCGUGAGAAGCGUGACAACUACGUCCCAACCACCUCUGCCAUCAAGACCAAUGAAAUCCACAUUGAUCAAGAUGUCCACGAAAUGCUCAAGGCUACUCUCGGUAACUUCCCAUCAAUGCCACAAAUCAUUGCUGACCACAAGAAGCACAACAACAAGAAGAGACACCACCACCACAACAAAUAA